GGAAGGCCCCCACUGUAUGCUUUAUGUACGGAAGCUCCUAAAGGCUUCCAAACCAUCUUGAUGAUCGGCAUCUGAACUUCGACUGAAGAGGAAGCAGCAGGGCCAAUUGACCUUCCUCAACGGACUAACUUUGUUGUCUGGUCAGGUUCUUCACAUUAUCUUCCUGAGAUCCUCAUCAUCUUCUUCCUUCUUCCCCAUGCAUCAAAUACAAUCCUUUAUCCCUAACGACCAAUCUCCCACCAAGUUGGGGGUUUCCGUCAUUCUUUGCGGGUUCUUCCUAUACACAUUUACCAAGAUGGUUUCCAGGAUAUUUCCCAGCUUGAAGGUGUUGGGUUUCGGAUCUCAACAGAACGAGUUCGUCGUGGAGGGCAGGACCGUGGUGAUUACGGGUGGUUCUGAGGGUAUGGGCAAGGCUGUCGCUUGCCAGCUUGCCGCAAAGGGUGCGAACGUUGUCCUCGUUGCACGAACAGUCAAGAAGCUUCAAGAUGCGCUUGAUCAUGUUAAGGCGUCGGCUGCGAAUUUGAACAGGCAAAGGUUCCAUUAUAUCAGUGCCGACCUUACGAACGCUGCGCAAUGCGAGCAGAUCAUUGAAGAGGUCACUGAGUGGAAUUAUGGCCUUCCUCCUGACAUCGUGUGGUGCUGCGCAGGUUACUGCAACCCUGGGUUCUUCGUUGACACACCAGUCCAAACACUUAGAGAUCAGAUGGACACGGUCUAUUGGACCGCGGCGAACACCGCCCAUGCGACCCUUAGAAAGUGGCUAGUACCUGUCCCUCCAAGCGAACAGACGACAAACCCGCGAAGACAUCUUAUCUUUACAUGUUCCACGCUAGCUUUUGUGCCGAUCGCUGGGUACGGGCCUUACUCUCCUGCAAAGGCCGCAAUUCGUUCUUUAUCCGACACCCUCAAUCAAGAGAUUGAAAUGUAUAACGGCACUCGUCAAUCAAAAUCGCAAAUCAAUGCUACUCCUGCCGACGUCAAGGUCCACACAGUUUUCCCGAUGGGAAUUCUUAGCCCUGGUUUUGACAACGAACAGAAGCUGAAGCCUGAGUUGACAAAACAACUGGAGGCUGCCGACAAGCCACAGACUCCUGACGAGGUUGCGAGAAUAGCGAUUGCGGCACUGGAAAGAGGCGAAUACCUUAUCACGACUAUGUUUGUUGGUCAUGUGAUGAAGGGGAGCGCCAUGGGAGGCAGCCCAAGGAACUCUACUGUCCGCGACACAUUGACCAGCUGGCUCAGUAGCUUGGCAUUCUUGCAGGUAGUUCCUGAUCUCCGAAAGCAGGCCUGGAACUGGGGUAUGAAGAACGGUAUUCCGUCGUCCCGGACGUCGGAGUAAGGUGUAGUGGUGUUGGGAAGUGGCUUGUUUUGUUGUCCGGUGUAUGGUUAGAUACCCAUGAACAUCCUUAGGCAUCCUUAUUCGCUUGUCCUUAAAUCCGUACCUGCUAUUGGUGUUCC